GCAGGCGCCGUAGGGGGAAGGCCUGGCACGCUCCAGCCAACAAGGGCGUCACCUGCAGCUCGUCCCCCUGCCCGGGCUUGCCUCGAGCGCUCUGCCGCCGCCGGAGCGGGGAGGGUGUUGGGGGCAGGUGGAGCCGGGAGGGCCCAGCUGAGAAUUCAGGGUUGGGGGCUUAGAGGGCACUGCGGCUAGGAGCCCGUCAAAGCCUGUCGCCCAGUGGGGCGAGGGCAGGUGGGAGCGCCUGGCCGUGCGUCGAGCGCUGGUUGGCCGGAUGACGCCCCAGUGCGCAUGCGCUCCCGAACAGCCCUGCGGGCGGAGCGACUGUCCUCCCUCCCGGUGUACUGGGUGGGAGGUGGAACUGGUCGGACAAAGCCCUCGCGUCGGAUCCUUGCCAGAACUGUUAUGUCUAGAGAAGAUAUUUCCACACUGGUUUCCCUAUUCAAGAGCUUUAUCAGGAGCUGAAGCAGUCAAUGCCUUGAGGCCUUUCUAUUUUGCAGUACAUCCAGAUUUCUUUGGACAGCACCCCGUAGAAAGGGAAAUCAAUGAAAAUUCUCUUAAAAGGUUAAGUGUCUACUUAGAAAACCUCCAGAAACCAGGCUUCAAGUCUUUGAAACCAACUCAGCUUACAUUUUAUGUAAGAGAAACAGACCAGAGUUCCUCUGAUGGCCAGGAACCUUUUAGUACUUCCGGAUUUCGAGCAGUCAAAUUUACUUUGCACACCAGAGAUCUGCUAAGCACAGUGUUAUAUAUUCUCAACUCCUGCAGUUUAUCUGUUGAACAUAUCCAAAGCUUCAAUACUAAUGUGCAUACCCAGCCUCUCAAAGAAGCUAAAAGGAUGCCUGACAGGCCCAUCAAAUGGGACAAGUCUUAUUACUCCUUUACUGGAUUCAAGGACCCUGAUGAAGACCUUGAACAAGUCUCGAGAGUGGAAACAACUCUCACAUCCUGGUUAGAUAACAAUGGGAAAAGUGCUGUUAAAAAGCUAAAGAACAGUUUGCCACUUAGAAAAGAACUAGAUCGUUUAAAAGAUGAACUGUCUCAUCAAUUGCAACUCUCAGAUAUCAGGUGGCAGAGGAGCUGGGGCAUCGCCCACCGCUGUAGCCAGCUGCAUAGUUUAAGCCGCUUAGCACAGCAGAAUUUGGAAACACUUAAAAAAGCAAAAGGGUGUACAAUCAUAUUUACAGACCGUUCUGGCAUGAGUGCAGUGGGCCAUGUGAUGCUAGGAACAAUGGAUGUCCAUCACCACUGGACAAAACUUUUUGAAAGAUUGCCAAGUUAUUCUGACCUUCAGAGGAGGCUGAUGAUUUUAGAAGACCAAAUAAGCUAUCUUUUAGGUGGCAUACAAGUUGUUUAUAUUGAAGAAUUACAGCCAGUAUUGACACUUGAAGAAUAUUACUCUCUUCUUGAUGUGUUUUAUAAUAGACUGUUGAAAAGUAGAAUACUAUUUCACCCUCGAAGUUUGCGUGGUUUACAAAUGAUCCUUAACAGUGACAGAUAUGUUCCAAGCUUGCAUGAACUCGGGCAUUUUAAUAUUCCAACAAUCUGUGAUCCAGCAAAUCUCCAGUGGUUUAUUCUCACCAAAGCUCAGCAGGCGAGAGAGAACAUGAAAAGAAAGGAAGAGUUAAAGGUUAUUGAAAAUGAAUUGAUACAGGCAUCAACAAAGAAAUUUUCUUUGGAGAAGUUAUAUAAAGAGCCCAGCAUUUCUAGUAUACAAAUGGUGGAUUGUUGUAAGAGACUUCUAGAACAAUCACUGCCUUACCUACAUGGGAUGCACCUCUGCAUUUCACAUUUUUACUCUGUUAUGCAAGAUGGAGACCUUUGUAUUCCUUGGAAUUGGAAGAAUGGAGAAGCCAUUAAGUAACACAGAAAUCUUUUUAUUUUUUUAAGAGAUAAGAAAGGAACUUAAAUUAAAAAUAUUUAAAUCCACAAUUUGAUAUAACAGUAUUAUUUACAUAUCAUAAGAACAAAGUUUCUAACUGCUGCUUUAAAAGUAGACCUUUUUAAAAAAAUUAAUUCUGCUAGGAGAGGUUUUAUAGGCCAGGCGUGGUGGCUCAUGCCUGCUGUCCCAACUACUUAGGGAGGCUAAGAUAGGAGGAUCAUUUGAGCCCAGGAGGCCAAGGUUGCAGUGGGCCUAGAUUACACCAUUACCCUCCAGCCUGAGCAACAGAACAAGACCUUGUCUCAAAAAAUAAUAAUAAUAAUUUAAAAUAAAUAAGUAACUAACAAAAAGAUUUUAUAUCCCAGUCUUAUGAUGUUGGUUGGCAAGGCUAGAUAAAAAGAUGUUAGAAUGAAAGAACAUAUUUUUAGUGAUAUGUAAAUGAAGGAUUCUACAAUAGUCAUAUAUUUUUAUAUGAAUGAAUGUUGGGUUGGGCUGGAGAGGUAUGUGUGUGUAAAUAUAAAGGUCUCACAUUCAGAGUAUAGCUCUGAAAUAAUGGAACUCAUGUCUACAAUUCAACAUGCAUCUGUAUACUUAUAUCUCAUGUACAUAUACACACACAUAUUUUGCAGCCAGUAAUUGACAGUUAAUGUCCAAAACAGGUGAUUGAUAGGUAGCAAAAAUUAGAUAACCACCAAUUUUGCCCAAGAGAAAGACUAGAAGGGCUAAAAGCAGUUGAAUGUAUGGUACUGACAUUGUCAUAAGCAGUCUGAUAACCAGUUUAUUAAAACAUGUGCAUUAACAGAGAAUUUAAUUUUAAACCCAUAAUUUCUCCUAUCCAUUAAAAUAUUAUAAUUGUUGGUAGUAUGAAACCAACAGGAAACGUUUUUGAAUCAUUUAGUGAGGUGACUCAUUUGUUUCAUGGGCAAACACUAUCCAGGAAAAGCCUUGCCUGUUUCCCAAAGAGCUCUAAGAAAUAGAAUCAAGUGUAAAAUGGUUCAGACCAUUCAGGAUUUCUUGUCACUCUUCUCAACCCCGAUCUUCCUGUUAUUACUGAUGUUUGAAACCCUCUCAUUAGCCCCGGCCUGGUUAAAGCCCCUCAGAGUCACCUUUCAUUCAUAGCAAUACAGUUCAACCCCAAGUGGUUGAUGGUGUCCCCAGCAUGGCCGAGAGACCUGAUCUCUAGAUUCAGUGCUUUUAGCUCUUCGAGUUUACCCUAAGAUACCUUCGGGCAAUAUUUUUAACCAAUCCAAAAGCUCUUCAGGUCACUUCUGAAGAGGACAAGGUGAAUCCUGGCUUGGAACACCAUUUCUGGGCUCUUGCUGCUGAAUGAAUCAGAAAGGAAUUUUUUCUGAAGAGCAUUAGAAAGUAAAGGAGAUGUUAAAAUAAGUUCUUGAAGUAUGUUUUAUAUUUAUCUAAAACACUGAUUAUUUUAAAAGUUUACAUUCAAAUGUGUAUUCAAAAGAAGUACUGAUUUGUAAUUAUUAUAGUUUGUGUGUAUUGUCCCUUUUAACCGUGCCUAACAACUAUACUUAAAUUUUGUUUUCUAGUGUAACAAAUGUUUCCCAUAAGAUUUUACAGAGCCAAAUAAUGGGAGUGAAAAAUUCCGUAAGUGUUAUAUAAGAAAAUAUAUUAGAAAAUCAGGUUUGGAUUAUACCAUUUCUAAAAUAUACUAAUAUAGAAUCCUCAGUAGUAUGUUUUGAAUUGGAUUUUUUCUCAGAACUAAUUGUUACAUAAUAAAUAAUACAUCAACCAGA